CGGUGCAUUUCAAACAAGAAGGUCUAUGGAAGACUUGAAAAAAAAGAAGAAAUAAUACGGAAAAUAAUAUUCAAACAAAAUACAAACAUUAAUUAAAUAGUUGACGUUAUUGUGAAUUGUUGCUAUUUUAAAUGAUAAGUGGAAAUAUAAAACAAACGUCAAAGAAAAAAACGGAAUAUAACAUAGAACUAUAGACUGUGACUCUAGUACUACAAAAUAUAAAAUUGAUAAGACAAUUUCAGUUCGUAGUAAAAUAAAUUGUGGAACAACAACAAAAAAAAAGAAAAAAUAAGAGAACAACAAAAACAAAUAUCGCAAAUACUGCAUUGCAUUUAAUUGUAACGCCGCAAUGUAUGUUGCAAAUUCCACCGGCGGUCUGAUGCUGCAGACCAUGCUGUAUUUGGCAAAUCACACAAAUAGAGCAGCCAUUGAUACGCUGAUCGAUGUACCGGCCUCUGCAAAAGCUGACGUAAAUGAAGUUCGAUGCUAUGGUGUCUAUGGUUGUUUCCCAUUGAAUGGACCCUGGAUGUCAAAGACUCGCCAAAUAAAUGUCCAUCCUCAGAAGCCAUCACAAAUUGAACCCCAUUAUACGUUAUAUACCACGAGGGCAUUUAACGAUCCUAAGUUUGUCGACCUCAAUGAUCCUGAAGCAUUGCGUCACAUGAAAAUUAAUCCGGAGGGAAAAUUGUUUUUUAUAUCACACGGUUAUUUGGAGGGUGGCAAUGUGCCAUGGAUGAUUGAAAUGGGCAAAGCCAUCCUGAACGCCGAACCCGAAGGUGAAGCUGCAGUGGUGCUCAUUGAUUGGGGUGGUGGUUCAAGUCCACCAUAUGUUCAAGCUGUGGCCAAUAUUCGUUUGGUCGGCGCCAUUACUGCCCAUGUCAUACACAUGUUCUACGAAGAGCUGGGCAUGGAUAAUUUACAUAAUGUCCAUUUCAUUGGUCAUUCGUUGGGUUCACAUUUGGCCGGUUAUGCUGGAACGCAUUUACAACGUGAUUUUGGUUUAAAACUGGGACGUAUAACUGGCAUGGACCCCGCUGCUCCUCUGUUCGAGGAAACGGAUCCCAUUGUACGGCUGGAUCGUUCUGAUGCCCAUUUCGUUGAUGUCAUACAUACCGAUGCAAAUAUUGUCGGUGGUUUGGGUCUAUAUCAGAGAGUGGGUCACAUUGAUUUCUAUCCCAAUGGCGGCAUUGGAAUGCCGGGGUGUGAUGUCAAGCUGCAGGAAUAUAUGAAAAAUCGCCAGAAUACUCUGUUCGAGAAUAUGCAAAUGUUUUUGAGCUGUAACCACUUGAGAAGUUAUCAAUAUUUUACGGAGAGCGUGAGCAGUAAAUGUCCUUUUAUGGGUAUCACCUGUGAGUCGUAUGAGAGUUUUAAGGAGGGCAAAUGCUCGCGCUGCAAUGAAAAUGGCAAUCGUUGUAUGCGAAUGGGUUAUCAUAGCUGGGAGGAUUAUCGCAGCCUGGCUAGGGCCAAGAAAAUUGAUAGCAAGAAAAAUCCUCCUAUUCUGUACCUGAUGACCGGGGAUAAAGCACCCUUCUGCCGCCACCACUACAAAAUCAGUGUACGAGUUUCGGGUCACGAUCAAAGUACCACCCAUGGCGGAGAAAUCGGCACACUCUCGGUACGCCUACACGGUAGAACCCACAAAAAGGUUACCGAAAAAAUGAAAUUCUCCUCAGAGCCAAAAUAUUUCGAACCUGGUUUUGAAUAUACCAGCCUAGUGGUGGGCAAUGAAAUCAAAGAUCCCGUCUAUGCCAGUGUCUAUUGGGAUUAUCAAACAAGCCUUUUCAAUCCAUUAACCUGGCGUCUACUCACCUCGCCACGCAUCUUUAUUUCAUAUAUUAUUAUUGAGUCUCUGGAAUCACCUCAUAUUCAUCUGAAACUAUGUCCCAUCAAUGAAUCAUCAGCCGUUAUAACAGGAAGUGAAAAUAUAAUGCAACAAAAGUAUUGCGAGCAUUCCGUCAAAAUGUUUUAGACAGACACUUUAGUAAGAAACAAAAAAAGGAAGGAAGCUACCUAGGGCCAGAUAAUGUGGCCCAAAGCACUCGCAUAAGACUGGGCGAGAGUAAGUUCAGCUAGCCUAAAAUUGAUUUAAGGGAGGAGAAAAACCAAAUUCAAAACACAACCAGGAGAUUUCAAGGGAAAAUAUUACCCUCUUGGAAUCUCCAUAAAAAAAAAAAAAAAAGAAAUGGAAGAAAAAAAAAUCAUAAAAGUAUUAGAUUUUGAUUAGAGUUUUUACCUCCCUAAAAAUUAUUUUAAACUAACUUUCCGUUUUAUUGACAAUUAACCUAUGAAAACAUAGUUCAGAAAUUCAAUGUAAACGUGGCUUUAUAAAAUCACUCAAUCGCACAGUCUAAAUGAGUCUUAAGAGAAACAAAUCCCAUGAAUUGGCCAAACUUAACGAACAAAAAUUUCAACGUAGUCUAGACACAAACCAUAAAAACGAAACAAAUUUCCCAUUUAUUUUAGAAAUUUAUCUUGAAAUUUCCUUUCAAAACUGGGAAGAUUAAAAUUAAAAUUCACCUUUUUCUGGUUUGAGUCUUGGUUUAGACAAGUUUUUUUCUUUCGUUAAAAAUUAAAAUAUAUUAGGUGUGUUUUGUUAAAUUUAUUGACACAACAAAAAAACUUGUAAAUUGACAAAAUCACAUCCUAGACAACGGUAUUUAUUGGCAUAUAGUUUUUUUUUCGUAAAAAAAAAAUUAUACCAAUCCCAUCCUAAGCAAUGCAUUUAUAAUGGAUCAUUUUGUAAAUAUCUUCAAUAAUUU